AUGGAUAAAUUUGGUUUAAGACCUGUUUCAAGACAAAAAGGAUUCAGCUAAAGCAUAGGAAAUAAUUAAAGCUAAGUCAUAUCACCAGCUUCCUCUAAUAUCUUUCGUAUUAAAAAUGUUACCACGCCUUAUGACUCUACACUUUAAGUUUCAGGAUAGUAAAUUAAAAGCGAUAGCACAAUAUUUGAUCAUCAUAACAAUUAAAAUCUUAAUUACAUGCUUCACAUGAUUGAUAUAUGUUCACCUGAGCAGUAGAUAACCACAUUCAUAAAGGGAGAAAUUUCUAUGAUUUAGCAAGAAAUCAACGAAUACGAUAAAGAUGCUAAAAUAAGAAAUAACAGCUAGAAAUAAGAAUUUAAUAAAGGCCAUGUAAAUAUCUUUAAGAGGUGGCUCUUAUAAAAUUCAAGACCAAUAUUGAAGUAUUAAGAUGUUAUGAGUUAGGAGUUUCUAAAGUUCAUAAAUCCAGAUAUUCUGACUGAAUAAAUGAAAGUAGAAAGUAAAGAAUAAUGCAUAUAAAAGCUAUACAGAAUAGUUUAAGGAUUAGACUUGUUUCUACUAAAACUUACUGAGUAUUUAACUAUCACUUUUAUAAAGUAUGAAGAUUUUAUAAGUAAAAAUUUACCACUCGAAUCUUAAUUAUAAAAUAGAGUGAAUAACUUAAUUAAAGGAACAUAAAUAUUUCCUAGUAGUAUUUCUUUUAUUCAUUAAGACAGAUUUAACCAAUUACAAAAACAUUGUCAAUCUAAAAUGCAAGAAUAGCUUUAAAAUAAAAUUUAACAUAAUAAAAACUCAGGGAUUCCUUUUAAUAUUAAUAAUGAUUGUCCAAAAUCUGAAAUCAAAACCACGGCAGACUUAGUCAAGUAUUUAGAAUCUUUGAAACCUAAUACGCUUCUAAAUUCUGACUACAUGAAACAAAUCAAAAAUAUUCUGGGUCAUAUAGAAUAAAUUAGUUAAUAAAUUUAGGAAGAAAAAACACAAAAGUAUUAAGCUAGUCAUCAACAAUUUAAAGUUUAAAUAGAUUAGUUAGAAAAACAAGUGACAUUUUUACAAAAUGACAAUGAAAAAAUUAAAUUAAAUAAUUAAAAACAAUUAGAAGACUAAGAAGCUAAGCAUAUUAAAGAAGUAGAAAUAAUGCAAAAUGAUAUUUAAUAAUAAAUUUAACUUUAAAUUUAAGAAAAAGUUAAUUCUUUAAAUUAAAAAAUUAAAGAUUAAGAAACCUAAAUGAACAAAUUGUAAGCUCAAUACUAUGAUAUGUUACACAAAAAAUAAGAUAAAUCAAUUUAAAAUUAAAAUAAUUUAAAAGAAAUUAAAGAAGUGAAUAAAGAAAAUCAAUAAAAUUAACAAAACCAUCAUGAACACCAUGAAGAUUAGCAAAAAGCAAUAAAUUUGAUUGAUGAAUUAAAAUUAGAAUACACUAAGUUAAUUGAAAAUUUAAGAAAAGAAUCAGCAGAUUUUAAAUAGAAAUAUACAGAUAUGAAAAUAAAUUGUGAAACAACAUAUUAAGAACUCCUUAAUGUUAAGUAGUUGCUUAUGUAAGCUCAAAAAGAAAAGGAAGAAAUUUAAUUUAAGUUUUCAUAAAAAUUUAUGUCAAAGCAAGAGUUCACUGACACCUUUGAGUAAGCACUAAAGGAAGAAUUUAAAAGAAUGAAAAAAUCAUUUGAAGAUAGGAUAGAGAGAUUAAAUUAAGAUAUUAUAACAUUAAAGAGAGACAAACAUAAAUCAAUAAACGAUAUGAAAUAACAAUUAGAUAGAGAAAUAGAAACAAAAAACUUACUAAUGAAAAAAUUAAGUAUAUAUCUUAAAUUUUGA